AUGGCUACAAACAAGGCUCUUAUUUUCAAGAAGAUCCCCGAAGGCUACCCUGUGCCUGGAGAACAUCUCGUCGUUGAACCGGUUGCAUAUGACGCCAACGCGCCCGCUCCUGCUAAUGGCGUGUUCCUGCAGUCGCUAUACACCAGCUUCGACCCCUAUAUGCGAGGCCGCAUGCGCAGCCCUGAGAUCAAAUCGUACUCUCCUCCCUUUCAACUCAACAAGGCCAUUGAAAGCGCAACUAUUGCCAAGGUUGUCCGCUCCAACAAUGCUUCAUACAAAGAAGGCGACCUUGUUAUCGGACGCCUGCCUAUCCAAGAGUAUGUUUCGGUAGGCGCGGAUGAACUGUCUCGCAUCCGCCCUCUUGAGAAUCCCCUUGGAAUUGAGGAUAUCCGCGUCUUCCUCGGCGCACUGGGUAUGCCUGGCCUCACAGCCUACUCGUCUCUCUAUGAGAUCGGCCAGCCGAAGAAGGGUGAGACAAUAUUUGUCUCCGCAGCCAGCGGUGCUGUCGGCCAGCUGGUUGGUCAACUGGCCAAGCACGAAGGUCUCAAGGUGAUUGGGAGCGUUGGAUCAGACGAGAAACUCGACUACAUCAUCAAGGACCUCGGUUUCGAUGGUGGUUUCAACUAUAAGAAUGAGAAGCCCGCAGAUGCCCUGGCUCGGUUGGCUCCUGAUGGCAUCGACAUCUAUUACGAGAAUGUCGGAGGUGAGCAUAUGGAGGCAGCCCUGAACGCUCUCAACAACUUUGGCCGUGUCGUCGUCUGCGGUCUCAUCUCGCAGUACAACUCGGCCCCGUAUCCGAUCAAGAACAUUGCAAACGUGCUUACCAAACGUCUUACCAUGCGUGGCUUCAUCGUUGGAGAUGCUGGCAUGGGCGACAAGUACACCAAGGAGCAUCAGGAGAAUGUGCAAAAGUGGAUCAAGGAUGGUUCAUUCAAGAACCUCAUCCACGAAACACAAGGUAUUGACAAUGCUGCAGAAGGCUUGGUGGGGAUUUUCUAUGGAAAGAACAAGGGCAAGGCUGUCCUGAAGUUCUAA